CUAUAAGGUGUCAGGAUGUCACUGUCUAUUUCUCCAUGGAGGAGUGGGAGUAUUUAGAAGGACAAAAGGAUCUGUACAAGGACGUCAUGAAGGAGAAUCACCAGUCCCUCACAUCACCGGAUGGAUCCAGUCAGAGAAAUCCACCAGAGAGAUGUCCCAAUCCUCAGUAUUCCCAGGACUGUCCAGAGGAGAAACCAAAUAUCCCACUGGAUCAUCAGGAAAGUUCUGGUGAAACGACGAGAGGACUUGGAAAACCCAUCUCAGUGUCUGUGAAAGUGGAAGACGGGAUAAGCGACUCCUAUGAACAUCAUCAUUUAUCUUCCCAUCAUGAAGCAGAAGAUAACAAUACCACACAAGAUGACUCAAUAACUCCUAAUGUACCCUCAGUCCUUCACAGCAGAGAUCUAUCCACUGAUACUGCUGGUCACAAGAAACCUUCAUCUAAGCAAUUACUGAUUGGCAAAACAAGAACUAAACAGAAAUACGGGAAUAUUUUUUCUAGUGAGAAACGUUUUAAAAAGAAAUCCAAUCUUUUUUUGCAUGAGAGAAAUUGCAGAGAUAAUGGGUCAUUUUCAUGCUUGACAUGUGGAAAAUAUUUUAGCAUGAAAUCCAUUCUAGUUAGACAUCAGAGAACUCACACAAGGGAGAAUCCAUAUUCAUGUCCUGAAUGUGGGAAAGGCUUUAACAAUCAAUCAAAUUGUAUUCGGCAUCAGAGAACUCAUACAGGGGAGAAGCCAUUUUCAUGUCUUGAAUGUGGAAAGUGCUUUAGUCAGAAAUCACAUCUUGUUACACAUCAGAGAACUCACACAGGGGAGAAGCCAUUUUUAUGUCUUGAAUGUGGAAAGUGCUUUAGUCGGAAAUCAUAUCUUGUUGCCCAUCAGAGAACUCACACAGGAGAGAAGCUGUAUUCAUGUCCUGAAUGUGGGAAAGGCUUUAACAGUCAAUAUAAUUUUUCUAAGCAUCAGAGAUCUCAUACAGGAGAGAAGCCAUUUUCAUGUCUUGAAUGUGGAAAAUGCUUUAGUUCGAAAUCCAAUCUUGUUGCCCACGAGAGAACUCACACAGGAGAGAAGCUAUAUUCAUGUCCUGAAUGUGGGAAAGGCUUUAACAGUCAAUAUAAUUGUUCUAAGCAUCAGAGAUCUCAUACAGGAGAGAAGCCAUUUUCAUGUCUUGAAUGCAGAAAAUGCUUUAGUUCAAAAUCAAAUCUUGUUGCCCAUCAGAGAACUCACACAGGAGAGAAGCUAUAUUCAUGUCCUCAAUGUGGGAAAGGCUUUAACAGGCAAUAUAAUUUUACUAACCAUCAGAGAACUCACACAGGAGAUAAGCCAUUUGUUUGUCCCGAAUGUGGGAAAUGUUUUCAUGAGAAGUCAUGGCUUAUACGACAUCAAAGAAUUCACACAGGGGUGAAGCCAUUUUCAUGUUCAGAAUGUGGAAAAUGUUUUGGUCAGAAAUCAAAUCUUGUUAGACAUCAUAAAACUCACACAUGGGAGAAUCCUUUCAUGUGUCUUGAAUGUGGUAAGUAUUUUGGUGGGAAAUCAAUGCUUAUAAAACAUGUAAGAAGUCACACAGGAGAGAAGCCAUGUUCAUCUUCAGAAUGUGUGAAACCUUUUAGCCAGAAAUCGCAUGUUGAGGAACAUGAAAGACUCCACUUAGAGGAGAAGCCAUUUUCAUGUUCACAAUGUGGGAAAUGUUUUAGUCAGAAAUCAAAUCUUGUUCAACAUCAGAGAACUCACACAGGGGAGAAGCCAUUUAUGUGUUCUGAAUGUGGUAAGUAUUUUGGUGUGAAAUCAAUGCUUAUAAAACAUGUAAGAAGUCACACAGGAGAGAAGCCAUGUUCAUCUUCAGAAUGUGUGAAACCUUUUAGCCAGAAAUCACAUGUUGAGGAACAUGAAAGACUCCACUUAGAGGAGAAGCCAUUUUAAUGCUCAGAAUGUGGGAAACGUUUUAGUCAGAAAUCAAAUCUUGUAAAACAUCUAAGAACCCAUUGAGGAGAGAAGCCAUUUUCAUGGCUUGAAUGUGGUAAAUCUUUUGGUAUAAAGCAAAUCUUGUUAGACAUAAGAGAACUCAUACAAGGGAGAAGCCAUUUUCAUGUUCAGAAUGUUGGAAA